AUGGGGGAGGAGAAGGAGAUGAACAAAGAGAGGAGGGACGAGGAGAUGGAUUUAGUUGGGGGAGGAGUUGAACAAAGGGCGAAGAAGCAGAUGGUGGAGGGGUCGGCAGCUGGGGCAGGUUCUGCUGGAGACGCGGCCGGCACCGUCCACGCUACAGGGCCCGGGGAAGGAGGCGGAGGCGGCGGGGGCGGAGGUGGAGGCGGGGGCGGAGCUGCCCUCACAGAUUUUCCAGACACACCACAGCUGGUACUUUUCAUUAGGAGAGUAAGCCAAAUGCCGGAAGUUCGCGAGGAGAUGUUAUAUCUGAUCCCAUUGAGGGACACACCAGCAGGUGAAGACGUGUUCGACGUACUUGAAGCGAUUAUGGAGAAGUUUGGUCUGUAG